AUGGACAAGGCAGAGACAGAGCAAGAAGAAGAAUUCAGUGAAUGGGUAGUGAUACAAACCUCACCUACAUCCCCACCAACUGUCGCAUCCACCCCUCAAGACUCACCGAGAUCACAACCGAGCCAUCGCCGUGAAUAUCCACCGGAAAACGAUGACGAAGAAGAUGAUGCUGUUGUCCCCGUCGUCGGAGAAGAAGAAGGCGAAUCAUCCUCCACCGAGAAUCUCUCGCUUCCAUGGCGCGUUAUCGAGAUUUCCAAAAAGCGACUGAUCAAGGACUUCUUCCAAGCCGUCGAGAGAGUGCGAUAUGGUGAGAUGGUGGAGACGAUUGCAGGAAGAGAAGCUGAGAUUUCUGCUCCUUCUGCUCAGAGAGAAAGAUCAGAAAACAAAGGAACUUAUGGUAGAAGUUGGGAGAUUGAACGAGUUGUUAGCAUCAAGACGCAGAGUUCGAGUGGUUCGAAUCGUGUGACGAGACGCAUAUCAAACAAAGUAUCAAAGCUCAACUUCACUUACACGGAUUGGCUGGACGGUUCUUGCGGUGGAAGUGGUGUCGUCUCCGGUUACACAGCUCAGGGUGGUGCUAGUCCAUGGAACACAUUGGUAAUGCGAUCGGACAGUCUCCUCCUCUUGGCCCUUUUAUAA